AUUAUAGGUUUAGUUGUACCUUUAUUACUGAUAUGAUAUAGAUAGGCUGCCAUUACAAUUAUCAGCUUAAAACACUAUUCGAAAGUGGGAAGUGUUUAAGUCAAGUCUUGACUGAAAUUUAAAUAUUGGCAGCUUACGCUUCUCACACUUUUUUACGAAAAUGCGAACUGCCUGGUUAUUGCUGCUGGUUGUGUGCUUGGUUGUCUUCGUUGAAGACAUCAGUUGUGGCACAACUAUUAUUAAUCAACCACGAAAAACAGAACUUAGCGAAGUAAAACAUCCAAGUCACUUGAUCCAAGAACGAUCGGCAUGGGACCAAAUGUACGCUCUGGCUCGUUUACCAGGAGAAAUUAUGAGAUACGAUUUUAUAUCUUUUGCCAUGGAUGUAAUAAUUCUCUCACGUUUCCUGCCACUUAAUUGGUUUAUAGCAAAAACUCUUGAAUUUGUAUACAUAGCUUUGAAAUAUUUCCAACCAAUUUACUGGAAAGCUUUUCCGUCAACUGCUCCAGCAAAUAGGGGAUAAUACAUCAAGAGUCAAAGAAGACUAAGGGAUGAAGACGUUGUUAUUGAGAUUGCUAAUAUUUUUUAAAUAUUAGUCAUAUCUGAAUAUCCAGAAAUUAUAAUUAAAUCUGAUUUAAACUGUAAAUAAACUCUGAUAAACCUA